AUGGCCACCACACUCGCGCUGCUUGCAGCCGCACUACCGUACACACUCGCACAGACUUCAGGAGGACACGCCGGUGCGAACGAAGGGCCAACGGCGGCCGAUUUAGAGAACAUUCAGAUCUGCAAAUAUACGGCGUGGACAUGGGCGGCAAUCAUUGGCGGCCUGCUGAUAUACCGAUGGACUCGCUACCUUCUACAUCACGUGCGGCGACUAGCCAAUCUCAACCAGGGUUCCACGAGCGAUGGCAGGCAAAAAUACUUCAGCCUACCUGACGAGAAUUAUGCCAAAUUCAAGCGCCACCUCAUCACGGCACCAUUGUUCAGGAAACGACACAACCGCGAGUUCAAGCUCUCUUCGGCUCUCAAUGUUGGCACACUUCCCGGCCGUCUUCAAUCACUAUUCUUGAUUGGCUACUUCGCCAUGAACGCCGCACUCUGCGCCAUCAGCAUAGACUGGAGCAACACCAAGACCUUCUACGAUGAUGCACGCAAUCGGACUGGUGUUUUGGCUGUCAUGAAUAUGAUUCCUCUCUUCCUACUCGCUGGCCGCAACAAUCCUCUCAUCUGGCUGCUGGACAUCAGCUUCGAUACGUACAACCUCGUCCACAGGUGGAUCGGCCGAAUUGUUGUCUUCGAGGCCGUGGCACAUACUGCCUUCUGGAUGGCUGGCAAAAUUGCCGUGAUGGGCGAUCACAAAGGCUGGGCCAUGAUCAAGGUCGCCAUGGGCAGUAGCCAGCUGAUCAUGAGCGGAACCAUCGGCACGUGUGCUUUCGUGGCCAUCCUCUUACAAUCACCUUCGGUCGUACGACACGCUUUCUACGAGACUUUCCUGCACGUACAUAUCCUGCUCGCCAUCACUGCCACGGUCGCUGUAUGGAUCCACUUGAACAUGCUCCCACAGCAGGCACUUCUCCAAGGCGCCAUCAUCUGUUGGGCCAUCGAGCGUGUGGUCCGAUUUGUCUGGCUGAUCCGCAAUAACAUCAGCAGAGGCGUCACCAAAGCCGAAGUUGAAGCACUUCCAGGUGAUGCGGUCAAGGUCACACUCCGUAUCGCCAAACCAUGGAAGUUCCAGCCCGGCCAGCACAUCUACAUGUACAUGCCAUCUGUGGGCCUCUGGACCAGCCACCCUUUCUCCCUGGCCUGGUCCGACGAACAACCAGAAUUCGGUGGUGAGAAAGGCCUACCGAUGGCUCGCCAAGACAUCCUCGCUGCGAACAAAGCCCGCAGCAUGUCCCUCAUCAUUCGUCGCCGCACAGGCUUCACAGACAAGAUGUACCGCAAGGCCGAGAACUCCGCCGGCGGUAAAUUCAUCACCACCGCCCUCGUUGAGGGUCCCUACGGAAAUCAGAGUUUCCAAUCCUACGGUACUGUCAUGCUCUUCGCUGCGGGCGUGGGUAUCACUCACCAAGUCCCUCACGUCCGCGACCUCGUAGCCGCCCACAGCAACGGCACCUGCGCCACACGCAAAGUCGUCCUCGUCUGGAUCAUCCAGAGCCCGGAACAUCUCGAGUGGAUCCGGCCCUGGAUGACGUCCAUCCUCUCCAUGGACAAACGUCGCGAUAUCCUCAAAAUUUUACUGUUCGUCACCCGGCCCAGAAGCACAAAGGAGAUUCGUAGUCCGAGUUCUAGCGUGCAGAUGUUUCCUGGGAAGCCGGAUGUUGGGGCGUUGAUUGAAAAGGAGCAGGCCACUCAGGUCGGGGCGAUGGCGGUUAGUGUUUGUGGGACGGGCAGUUUGAGUGAUGAUGUGAGGAGGGCGGUUAGGGAGAGGUGUGAGAGGACUGAGAUGGAUAUCUUUGAGGAGGCUUUCUCGUGGUAG